GUGACGAUUCGGGCUCCCUCGUUUGGCGAACGCCGAAAGGACUACUUGCGCGAUAUUGCAGUGGCAACAAACGCCCAACUUAUAUCGAAGGACUUGGGUCUACCGCUAGAAGAUGCGACGGCUGAGCAUAUUGGCAGCGCCCAGGGAGUUGUUGUGAGGAAGGAUAGAACCUCCAUUUUGACAAGGCCCGAGUUCCAGGAACAGAUCCAAGAGAGAGUGCAGAGACUUCAGAGCGAAAUGGAGGCGGCCACGUCCAAGUUCGACAAGGAGAAGUUAGGCGAGCGCAUUGCUGCCCUGUCGGGAGGCAUUGCGAGAAUCAUGAUUGGCGCAUCUACGGAAACCGAACAGAAGGAGAAAAAGCUACGCUACGAAGAUGCGAUCAAUGCAGUACGAGCAGCCAUUGAGACUGGAUAUGUUCCCGGCGGUGGCGUCACAUAUCUCGCACUGAGUACAGAUCAGUUCCGUAAGAAAGUCCUGGACGCAGUGGAGCAGACCGCCCGUGAGGAGAUGAAGGGAGUCGACGAGUCAACGGGAGAGGAAUUCCAAGUUGUUGAGGAAAUGGAAAGCGAAAUCGAGUUGCAGAAAGCUGGUGCUAAUAUUGUGGCGGACUCUAUGUCAUCUAUUACGAAACAGAUUGCAUCUAACGCUGGAUUGGAUGGUGAACGCGUAGUCAACGCAAUAUUGAAUGCGAAGAAGCCAUUUGGGUUUGGCUGGAACGCUAAGACGAACAGGUUUGGAGACAUGAUCAGCCAGGGUGUCAUCGACCCAGCGAAAGUGUGCAUCUCUGCAAUCGAGCAUUCAACUUCGGUUGCCGGCCUUGUGCUCACAACGGAGGGCAUGAUGAUUGAGGAGGAGCAAGAGCGGAAUAAGUCUGUUUCUCAUGAGGAGGGUGAGCUGUAG